AGCGUGGCCGACAACAGUUCGCCCGGGAAGGCCGCCAGCGGCGUCACUGCAUCAACGACGGCGACGGCCACGACGCGCAACGCUCCUUCGGGCCAGUCGCCUUCGGUGGGCGACAGUACGACGAGCGCCGAUACCGGCGAACAGUGCAAUCGCCAGCUGAACGGACCAGCGCCAAAUGCGCCACCACCGACGCAACUGAAAAAAGGUGAUUAUGGCUUUGGACCCGCCAUGGUCAGAAAAGACCGGCGGCAGAGUUCAUCCCGGUUCAACAUCAGUGCCAACAGGGAACUUCAGAAACUGCCGAAAUUGGUUGACGUACCUCCAGAGGACAGGGAAGAGCUGUUCAUUGAAAAGAUCCGACAGAAUGCAGUCGUAUUCGAUUUCUCGGCUGACCCGUUGUCCGAUUUGAAUUACAAGGAGGUGAAGCGACUAAAUCUCAACGAGUUAAUUGAUUACAUAAGCUCGAAUCGCGGCAUCCUCACCGAACGCAUCUACCCAGAGAUUUUCAGCGUGUUUGCGCUUAACACGUUCCGGUCUCUUCCACCCCCGAGCAACCCCUUAGGAGCCGAAUUCGAUCCAGAAGAAGACGAACCGGCUUUAGAACCGUCAUGGCCUCAUUUGCAGCUAGUUUACGAAUUUUUCUUGCGGUUUUUGGAAUCACAAGACUUCGAUCCUUCGAUUGGGAAAAAGUACAUUGAUCAGAAGUUUGUUUUACAGAUGCUUGAUUUGUUCGACACCGAGGAUCCGAGAGAACGAGAUUUUCUCAAAACUACCUUGCACAGAAUUUAUGGCAAGUUUCUGUUCCUGCGUGCGUACAUUCGGAAGCAGAUUAACAAUAUUUUCUACCGGUUCAUCUACGAAACGGAACAUCACAAUGGGAUUGCAGAGCUAUUGGAAAUUCUCGGAAGCAUAAUCAACGGUUUCGCCUUGCCACUGAAAGAAGAACAUAAAAUUUUUCUUCUUCGUGUUCUACUUCCGUUGCACAAGGUCAAGUCACUUAGCGUGUAUCAUCCUCAGCUUGCCUACUGUAUAGUGCAGUUUCUAGAAAAGGAUCCAAGUCUUACAGAAUCGGUGAUCAACGGUUUGCUGAAGUAUUGGCCAAAGGUUCAUAGUCCAAAAGAGGUUAUGUUCCUCAACGAACUCGAAGAGAUCCUUGACGUGAUUGAACCUGCCGAAUUCAAGAAAGUCAUGGAGCCAUUGUUCAAACAGUUAGCACGUUGCGUAAGCAGCCCCCAUUUUCAGGUAGCAGAACGAGCUCUCUACUACUGGAACAACGAAUAUGUCAUGAGUUUAAUUGGUGAUAAUAUCACAGUGAUUCUUCCGAUAAUGUUCCCUGCUCUGUACCGCAAUUCAAAAACCCAUUGGAACAAAACCAUCCACGGAUUGAUCUAUAACGCGCUGAAGUUAUUAAUGGAAAUUAACCAGAAGCUAUUCGACGAGUGUUCACAGCAGUACAACAAGCAGAUCGAGGCCGAGAAAGAGAAGCUAAAAGAAAAGGAAGUGAACUGGCAAAAGAUUGAACAAAAGGCCCUCGAAAGCCCUCAGUACAAAGAAAUCGCGCCGAUUUUAAAUCUUUCAUCAGAGGGUGAUUCGCGUUUGUCUCUCAGCUGCUCAGCGGAUUCCGGCGACGAUAGCAACUUGCCAUACGAGCCAAGCAUCACCCGUGAUUUAAUCGAAAAAGAGGCUGCUGCGGCUCAGAACGAAAUAGGCAAGCGGACGGUAGUGUGUCGAAAGUCCGAUCUUCCUCACGAUCCGGUGACCGCGAAAGCGCUCAAUGAGCACUACCGCUACGACAAAUACCUGACAACAUUGCCCACCGAAAUCAAGCCUUGA